CGCACCACCCAACCGUCGUAGUCUGUUCAGAAACACUCGUAGGUUCAGCUGUGCAGUAGCAAAAGGCUUCAGAGGAUUCGGUUAAUUUCAUAUAAAAUUUUGAAGCAAAUUAAGUGUAUAUUAUUCGAAAAUUUGGAUUUAAGUCAGCGCAAUCAAUUAGUGAAAGAUAAAAACAAAAACAAGAAAAAAAAACAUAUAAAUAAUGGCCGAUGAAGCACAAGCACCACCACCAGCUGAGGAUGCGCCACCAGCCGAGGGUGCCGAAGGUGCCGAGGGCGCGCCCGCCGAAGGUGCCGCUGAUGCGCCACCAGCUGAACCCAUCAAACACACCUACACCCUCUUCUACUUCAAUGUGAAAGCAUUGGCUGAGCCGCUACGUUAUUUAUUCGCAUACGGCGGUAUUGAGUAUGAAGAUGUGCGUGUCACGCGUGACGAGUGGCCGGCACUCAAGCCGACAAUGCCGAUGGGUCAAAUGCCCGUUUUGGAAGUUGAUGGCAAACGUGUACAUCAGAGCAUUUCGAUGGCCCGCUUUUUGGCUCGUACAGUUGGCCUGAACGGUUCCACACCGUGGGAGGAUCUACAAAUUGAUAUUGUUGUUGAUACCAUCAACGAUUUCCGUCUAAAAAUUGCAGUCGUUUCCUACGAACCGGAGGAUGAGAUUAAAGAGAAGAAACUCGUAACACUCAAUGCUGAAGUCAUUCCAUUCUAUUUGGAAAAAUUGGAACAGACUGUUAAGGAUAAUGAGGGACAUUUCGCAUUGGGAAAGCUAACAUGGGCCGAUGUCUACUUCGCCGGUAUCAUCGAUUACAUGAACUACAUGGUGAAGCGUGAUUUACUCGAACAAUAUCCAGCGCUGAAAGCCGUCGUUGAUGAAGUCAAUGGAUUGGAACAAAUUAAAGCCUGGGUCGAGAAGAGACCCGUGACUGAAGUUUAAGAAAAAAAACACACACAAAAACAACAACAAACUGAACAAACUGAAGCUGAUUACUAACUGAUAGUAUAGUAACAACAACAACAAAGUACAGCUUGAAAAUAAUGUUACUACCAAAGCGUAACGAGGGAGAGAAAACUAGUAACUGGAUGGAAUGAAAGCGUGAAAGUAGAAAUUUUCGAAAAGAAUGAAGAAGAACUAAACAACACAUGAUAAGAAUAUUAGUAGAAAAGCUAAGCUUUUUGAAUACAUACAUAUAUAUAUAUAUAUAUACAAACACACAAACAACUCUAUACUACAUUUUUACGGAUUUUCAUGAUAGGCAACAACAAUAACAAUUAAAUAAAACAAAACAAAAAACAUCUUUAAAAAAAAAAAAAGAAAUAUUGAUAAACAUUGCACUUUUGUUCCUUUUUUGUGUAUUUUGUAACGGUAAUUAAUUAAUAUAUGGACUAAUAUAUACAAAAAAAAUAAUAAUAAUUUGGUGUUUAUAAACGCCGGAAGAAAACAAAAUAUUAAUAACUUUAAUAAAUGUUUUUAAUGUGCUAACAGCAUUAAAGGUGAAUUAAAGGAAAUAA